CACACGAGACUGAAAAUGGAUAAAGAAACAAGUGAUCCUUCCUGCAAGUCCUCAGACCUCAAGAUAUCCAACAUCUCCAUCCAGGUGGUCAGCGUCACAGGGAAGCUACCAGGGAGAAGACCACCACGAAAACCCAUUGGCAAACCCAGGCCCCGCAAGCAGCCCAAGAAGAGAGCUCCCUUUUGGAAUGUUCAGAAUAAGAUCAUUCUCUUCACAGUGUUUUUAUUCAUUCUGGCCGUCACAGCCUGGACACUUCUAUGGCUCUACAUCAGUAAGACAGAGAGCAAAGAUGCCUUUUAUUUUGUUGGGAUGUUCCGCAUCACCAACAUUGAGUUCCUUCCUGAGUACAGGCAGAAGGAGUCUAGGGAAUUUCUCUCCAUGGCAAAGACAGUGCAGCAAGUGGUAAAUCUUGUUUAUACAACAUCUGCUUUCUCCAAAUUUUAUAAACAAUCGGUGGUUGCUGAUGUCAGCAGUAACAACAAAGGCGGUCUCCUGGUCCACUUUUGGAUUGUGUUUGUUAUGCCACAUGCCAAGGGCCACAUCUUCUGUGAGGAGUGUGUGGCGGCCAUCUUGAAGGACUCCAUCCAAACCAGCAUCAUAAACCGGACCUCUGUGGGGAGCUUGCAGGGUCUGGCUGUAGACAUGGACUCUGUGGUAUUAAAUGCUGGGCUCCGGUCAGAUUACUCUUCAGCCGUAGGAUCUGACAAUGGCUGCUCCCAGUACUUGUAUGCAGAUCAUCUGACCCUCCGUUACCCUCUGGAGAUUUCCGCAACUUCGGGACAGCUAAUGUGUCACUUCAAGUUGGUGGCCAUAGUGGGUUAUCUGAUUCGUCUCUCAAUUGAGUCCAUCCAAUUGGAAGCCGACAACUGUAUCACCGACUCUCUGACUGUUUAUGACUCUCUCUUGCCAAUUCGGAGUGCCAUUCUAUACAGAAUCUGUGAACCCACAAGAACACUAAUGUCCUUCGUUUCUACAAAUAAUCUCAUGUUGGUGACACUGAAGUCUCCUUAUGUGCGGAGGCUGGCAGGGAUCCGAGCAUAUUUUGAAGUCAUUCCAGAGCAAACGAAGCUGAGGGACAAGAGGGAUCUACUUCACAGAAGCCUGGAUAAAAGUAUUGCUGCCAAGGAAACGGCUGCGACUUCCCUAUCAACUCUCGGCAUAGCCCUGAAAUUCUACAACUAUUCCAUCACUAAGAAGAGCGCGAAAGGCUGUGAGCACGGGUGGUGGGAGAUUAAUGAACACAUGUACUGUGGCUCCUACAUGGAUCAUGAGACCAUUUUCCGGGUGCCCAGCCCCCUGGUCCACAUCCAGCUUCAGAGCAGUUCCAGGCUUUCAGACAAGCCACUCUUGGUAGAAUAUGGCGGUUACAACAUCAGUCAACCUUGUCCUGCUGGAUCUUUUAGAUGCUCCUCCGGUUUAUGUGUCCCUCAGGCCCAACGCUGUGAUGGAGUGAAUGACUGCUUCGAUGAGAGUGAUGAACUUUUCUGUGUGACUGUAAAACCUGCCUGCAACAGCAGCAUCUUCCGGCAGCAUGGCCCUCUGGUCUGUGAUGGCUUCCGGGACUGCGAGGAUGGCCAGGAUGAGCAAAACUGCACUAGAAGCAUCCCAUGCACCAACAGGACCUUUAAAUGUGGCAAUGACAUUUGCUUCAGGAAGCAAAAUGCGCAGUGUGAUGGUAUAGUGGACUGUCCAGACGGAAGUGACGAGGAAGGCUGCGGCUGUAGCAGGAGUUCUUCCUUCCUUCACCGCAUCGUUGGGGGUUCUGACUCCCAGGAGGGGACCUGGCCAUGGCAGGUCAGCCUCCACUUUGUUGGAUCAGCCUACUGUGGUGCCUCAGUCAUCUCCAGGGAAUGGCUUCUCUCUGCAGCCCAUUGUUUCCAUGGAAACAGGCUGUCUGACCCCACACCAUGGACUGCUCACCUUGGGAUGUAUGUGCAGGGGAAUGCCAAGUUUGUCUCUCCGGUGAGAAGGAUUGUGGUCCAUGAAUACUACAACAGCCAGACUUUUGACUAUGACAUUGCCUUGCUGCAGCUCAGUAUAGCCUGGCCUGAAACCCUGAAACAGCUCAUUCAACCAAUAUGUAUUCCUCCAGUGGGCCAGAAAGUGCGCAGUGGGGAGAAGUGCUGGGUGACUGGCUGGGGGCGAAGGCAUGAAGCAGAUAGUAAGGGCUCCCCCAUUUUGCAGCAAGCGGAGGUAGAGCUCAUAGAUCAAACCGUCUGUGUUUCCACCUAUGGGAUCAUCACCUCUCGGAUGCUCUGUGCAGGGGUUUUGUCUGGCAAGAGCGACGCCUGCAAAGGAGAUUCAGGUGGACCUUUGUCUUGUCGAAGAAAGAGUGACGGAAAAUGGAUUCUGACCGGCAUUGUUAGCUGGGGACAUGGAUGUGGAAGACCCAAUUUUCCUGGUGUUUACACAAGGGUGUCAAACUUUGUUCCCUGGAUUCAUAAGUAUGUCCCUUCUCUUUUGUAA